CGUGGCACAAAAGCAAUGUGUCACGAGGGUGGCUGUGGUGCCUGUAUUGUAGCUGUGAAAAUUAAAGACAAAACAAUGGCCGUGAAUUCUUGUCUAGUACCGAUACUCAUAUGCGAUGGAUGGGAUAUUUAUACUAUUGAAAGCUUAGGUAACAAGCGAGAUGGUUAUCACACAAUUCAAGCUGCACUGGCUGAUAAAAAUGGUUCUCAAUGUGGAUAUUGUUCUCCUGGUAUGGUAAUGAAUCUGUAUGGUCUCAUGCGUGACAAAAAGCUGUCUAUGCAACAAAUCGAAAAUUCAUUCGGUGGGAAUAUUUGUCGAUGUACUGGAUAUCGUUCGAUUUUGGAUGCGUUCAAGGGAUUUGCCAAUGACGCACCACCAUCGAUGGUGAAAAACAUCAACGACAUCGAGGAAUUGUACAAGAUCAAAACGUGCCCGAAAUAUGGAAUGCUAUGUACAGAUAACAGCUGCGAUAAGCAACUAUCACGUGUAAACAUGAUAUACAUAGUAUUGGAGGACGCAAAAUUUUACAAAGUUUACUCUAUCAGAGAUCUAUUUACAAUAUUUCAACAAAAUCCACGAGCUACUUAUAUAUUGAAUGGAGGAAAUACUGCGUAUGGUGUUUAUCGCUCGAGUAAAAAAGAUUUAUGCAUUGAUAUAAACGAUAUAUCAGAUUUGCGUAAUAUCCAAAAAACCAGAGACUAUCUGGCCCUAGGAGGAAAUGUAACUCUCGCCGUGGCACUAGAGACCUUCCACAAAUAUUCAACCGAACCCAACUUUCAAUAUCUAAAUAAAUUAGCCGAACAUGUAGAAAUGAUCGCAAACGUACCCGUGCGAAAUACCGGUAGCAUCGCCGGUAACUUAAUGAUCAAACACGAGCACAAUGAGUUCCCAUCUGAUAUAUUUUUGAUAUUAGAGACCGUUGGUGCUCAAGUACAUGUUCUAGAAUCACCAAGUAGGAAGCGAAGUUUGUUCCUUACGGACUUUCUGAAGCUUAAUAUGUUCCAUAAAAUCAUCUACAGCAUUAUAUUACCUCCGUUAUCCAAUGAUUAUGAAUUUAAAUCUUACAAGAUCAUGCCGAGAGCCCAGAAUGCUCACGCACAUGUCAAUGCCGGCUUCCUCUUCAAACUCGAUGGCGGUGGCAAAGUAUUGGAAAAACCUAACAUCAUCUUUGGUGGUAUCAAUAAACAGUUUUUGCACGCAGCAAAUACAGAGCAAUUUCUGGUGGGAAAAUCGAUCCUUGAUAAAGAAGUACUGAAGGUAGCCUUUACUACAUUGCAUAACGAACUGCAACCUGACCAUGUGUUGCCGGACUAUUCACCGGAAUUCCGCAGAACGCUCGCCGAAGGAUUAUUUUACAAGUUUGCGUUAAGUAUUAGACCGGAAAUUGUAGAUCCCAGACUUCGUAGUGGAGGCUCGUUGUUAGAACGAGGUCUAUCAUCAGGUACACAGGAUUACGAUACAAAUGCGAACAUAUGGCCAGUGAAUAAGCCUAUAACGAAGUUAGAUGCCAUUAAACAAACAUCAGGCGAAGUCCAAUAUUGCAAUGACCUCCCUUCAUUUCCUAGAGAAGUCUUUUGCGCUUUCGUCCUCACUGAAAUCGGUAAUGGCAAGAUAGAUAGUAUAGAUGCAAACAAGGCGCUUAAAAUGAAAGGCGUAGUAGCGUUCUUCAGCGCCAAUGAUGUACCGGGAAAGAAUCUGUGCAUUUCCGCCGAUAGUGAGUUGUUAUUCUUGCAAGAGGAUGAAUUACUGUUUGCUGAAAAUGAUGUUUUGUACGCUGGUCAACCGGUCGGCGUAAUUGUCGCGGAGACGCAUGAUUUGGCAAAUGAGGCCGCGGCAUUGGUGAAAAUUACUUAUAGCGAAUCUCUGGAAACGAAGCCGGUGAUAAGUAUCGAGGAUGCUCUAAAAUCACAGGACAAUCUUAGAAUCAGGCAAAGCGCCAACAUUCCAGCAAAAAGUAAAGGAAACAAUACCCAACAUGUAAUAAAAGGCGUUUUUCAAUGCGGCAGCCAGUAUCAUUUCACCAUGGAAACUCAAUCUUGCGUGUGUGUUCCUGCAGAAGAUGGCAUGGACGUCUAUCCAACGUCGCAAUGGAUGGAUCUUACUCAAAUAUCGAUCGCGAAUUGUCUUAAUGUUCAGAAUAAUUGCAUCAAUGUGUACGUCAGGCGAGUUGGUGGUGCAUUCGGAUCGAGAAUCUCACGCAACGCGCACAUUUCAUGUGCUUGUGCAUUGGUAUGUUACAAAUUGAAUCGUCCAGCACGAUUCGUUAUGACGAUAGAGAGCAACAUGCUAUCGGUAGGUAAGAGAUAUUCUACGCGUCAAGAAUAUGAAAUUGGAGUGGAUAAUGACGGAGUUAUCCAGUACCUCAACUCAAAACACUGGAGCAACUGCGGUUCCAAUUUCAAUGAAUCACAAGCUGCCAUAGUGGUUGGCAGCAUGCAAAGUUGCGGCUAUGCGACCGAUACUUGGUCGUUCAACGGAUUUGACGUACGAACUGAUUUAGCGUCAAAUACAUUGUGUCGAGCACCAGGAAAUACGGAAGCAGUAGCGAUGAUCGAAAAUAUAAUGGAGCACAUAGCAAGAGUGACAAAAAAGGAUCCGGUAGAAAUCAGAUUAUCAAAUAUGAAUGAUGUAGAUAAAAGUGUAUACGAAACUAUGAUAAAAGAUUUGUCAAAGUCGGCCGAUUAUGAGGUACGAAAGCGAACCGUUGAAAUAUUCAACACUCAGAAUCGUUGGAAAAAAAAGGGAAUUGCUACAGUAAUAAUGAAAUUUCCGAUAAUAUAUUUUGGACAAUUCAACGCAAUGGUGUCUAUUUGCGCUCGUGACGGUUCGGUUUGCGUGACAACUGGCGGAAUUGAUGUCGGUCAAGCAAUACAUACCAAGAUUGCUCAAAUGGUAGCUUACACAUUAGGAAUCGAUCUGGAAUUAGUCUCCGUUAAACGAAGUAAUAAUAUAAUAGCACCCAAUAAUGCGAAUACUGGAGGCGAUAUUACUACACAAUCCUGCGGAUACGCAACAGUUCAAGCUUGCAAUGAGAUUUUGAAGAGACUUGAACCAAUAAAAGAAGAAAUGGGAAAUCCGACUUGGAAGGAUCUUAUUUUCGCAGCAUAUAAAAAAGACAUUGAUUUAUGCGCACGUUACAUGGUGCCAACCGGGCCAACAAAAGACGAGUUAAAGCCUUACAACAUUUAUGGUGUCACCAUUGCUGAAGUAGAGAUUGAUGUAUUGACCGGCCAGCAUAUUAUCAGAAGAGUUGAUUUGAUGGAAGAUGCUGGUGUAAGCCUAAAUCCGGCAAUAGACGUCGGUCAAGUGGAGGGAGCUUUCGUAAUGGGAAUAGGAUAUUGGACUUCUGAGGACCUGGUGUACGAUCCUAAUACAGGAGUAUUAACGAAUGACAGAACUUGGAAUUAUAAACCACCAGUAGCGAAGGAUAUUCCUGAAGAUUUCCGCAUAUAUUUACGCAAAAAUUCGGUCAACACAUUCGGUAUGUUUGGUUCAAAAGCAACCGGUGAACCAUCGCUUUGUAUGAGUUGCGUAAUUCCGAUAGCGAUCCGCGAAGCACUGAAUUCAGCUAGAGCGGAUGCAGGGAAUACGGAUGAGUGGUAUCGACUAGAUGGACCAUGUACUACAGAACGUAUACUUCUUACCAGUUUAACGAGCCAAGAUGACAUGGUGCAAAUUGAUAAUAAAUAUGAGAACUGCUUGCUACUAUAA